AUGUCGCGCAUAGCUCUGUCUCCCCAGCCGCCUGCCCUGGUGAAUCUCGAAUGGAUCGAAAGCAACCUAUCCGACGGGUUCAACGGGAUCGAUCUUGUCAGCGCUGCUCCAUUCCUCGCUCUUCCCAGCGUCCAAUCACUGCUAUUGCAGCAGUGCGCCGAAGGUGGGUUCGAAUGGCCUUCAUCGCUACCCAAGUCCCGUGUCAAGCCCAUCUCGUUCAUCAAUAGCACCCCAUCCGGGGAUCGCUGGCGGGAUUGUGGCACCCUGUACAAUGCGCCACGAAUGGGUCCCCGGAGAGAUUCUCUUGUGCCUGAGUCAAACUGCGACUGGGAUUACUGCGAGAUACCUUUCGCUGGCGCGGCGCCCGACGAUAUGAUCCAGAAGAUUGAAGACGAGAAUAAACCCCCAAAUUCUGAAUGGCUUAUCAAGGACGGCCAUCGCCCCUCUUGA